AAGUGAUUUCGAUUUUCAGAGUGAUUUCAAUUUUCACUACCUACCUACUCACCAAAACAUUUUUCACGUGACAAUAUAUUCAAAAACGGUAAAAGUUCAUACGUGGAGCAAGGUGGGAAUAGAUAGCCCAGCUAUAAAUAGUGGUGAAAGAAUAAUAGUCACUCACACAGCCCAAACAUUUUCACCACCACUACUACUACUCUUCUUUCUUUCUACACAGUCCUUUUUCACUCUGUAAUAUUACAAGCCUAGCUUCAAAGGCUUCUUUAGCCACCAAACAUGGCAAGUAUUCUCCUGUCCGGUGUGAGUAAGGUCGUCUCGACUGUCCAGAAACACACCGAGCCCGACCUCAACUUGUUCUCCAUGACUGACCAAAAAAUACUUGACCUCAUUUACGCUACUCAUGUCCAUGCCGAUGAGUCUUUUGACGAGGACUCUCUCUUCCUCAUAGUCGAAAACGUCCUCAAGCGCGCUACUCAAAUCGUUGACAAAGUUGUUCAGGGUAGCCAAGUUCAUGUGGAGAACUUAGAGGACAGAUUCCCCAGCAAUGCUAAUUUCACUGUGCCCUUGUGCACACUUAAAAGUAUCGGCUCUGAGCUUUCGUGCAAGGCUCCUGGUGAGAAAGUUGCCCACGAAGCAACACUGGCUAUUCUCGGCAAGCUUUCGAACUACUCGUGGGAAGCCAAGGCAGUGCUAACGCUGGCUGCCUUUGCCUUAGAGUUUGGGGACUUUUGGCUCCUGGCCCAGCACCAGCAAACAGAUCAACUCGCCAAAUCUUUGGCUAUACUGAGGAAAGUGCCGGUGCUCAUCAAGCCAGCUGAGCUUCAAAAGCGUCGUCAAGCUAUUCUUGAGCUCAACAAUCUGAUCAAAACCACCAUGCAAGUCAUUGGCCUGUUUGACGAGUUUGAGAAGCUCUCUAAUACUUAUGACCCUAAAGACGUUACUGGUUUGGCUGUUGCCUUGGACCACCUUCCUGUCGAUGUCUACUGGUGCAUUGUCACUAUUGUGGCUUGCUCGACAAAGAUCUGCACCCUCAUAAGUGAAGAGGAGAAGCCACAGGAUCUAGCACCGUACUCUCAGAAAGUGCAUUACAUCCUCAACAAGAUCAAGAUACAGCUCAUAUUCUGCAGAAAGCAAAUAGAUGAGGCAGAGAGUUACAGGAGGCUGUGGAAACUGUUCAAAACUCCAACUGAGAUCAUGGAGAUUUUCAAGGCCUUGGUCUUUACUAAAGGCACUGUUCAUCCUCUUAUUGACGGUUCAACUAACAAAACGGUUCAAAUCGAAGUUCUGAGGAGAAAGAAUUUGCUGCUGUACAUCACAGGCCUGGACAUCACCGAAGAAGACAUUACUGUUCUCAAACCUAUUUAUGAAGUUACAAGGAAAGACGAUAAGUUCAAGAUUGUAUGGAUUCCUGUUGUGGAGCAGUGGACUGAGGAGCUGAAGAAAAAGUUCGAAAGCAUUAGAGUCAAGAUGCCGUGGUAUGUCGUUCAGUACUUCUCACCCAUUGCAGGCUUAAAGUUCAUCAAGCAAGAAUGGAACUAUAAGGGCAAGCCUACUCUAGUUGUGCUAAACCCUCAAGGGAAAAUUGAAAACUACAAUGCUCUUCACCUCAUUCGUGUAUGGGGAGUUAAGGCCUUUCCUUUCAACAAAACUGUCGAAGAAGAGAUAUCCAAGGAGCUCACCUGGAUUGGUCCUUUGGUUCACGACAUCCACCCCAGUAUUCCGGCUUGGGUCAAAGAAGAGAAAUAUAUCUUUUUCUAUGGAGGGAAAGACAACGACUGGAUCCAACAGUUCACUAAGAGAGCCACUCAGCUUAUAAACGACCCCUUCAUCAAGGACACCUUGAAGAUCAAGAUUGAGUUGUUCUGUGUUGGAAAAACAGCCAAAGGAGGAGAAGACCAUGGCAUCUUAGGCAAGUUCUGGACCGGAAUAGAGAGCUUGUUCUUCACCAAGGCUCACAAACAAGCUGUGGACCCCGUGACCCAAGAGAUCCAGAAGCUGCUUUCCUACAAGAACGAGAAUGGAUGGGCUGUGCUCACCAAAGGAUCUACUGUCGUGGUCACUGGCCAUGGUUUCACCAUCCUUAGGGUUUUGGAGGAGUUUGACAGGUGGAAGGACUUUGCCAAGGACAGAAGUUUCGAGGUUAUUUUCAAGGAGUACCAUAGCAAGGUUAUCCAGUCUGUUCGCCAUUGCUGCCGCCUUGAGUUGCCGACCGUUGCUGGAAAGGCUCCGGAUGUGAUGCAAUGCCCAGAAUGCCCUCGCACCAUGGAGACUUUUGUUAGCUACAAGUGUUGCCACAUCGAUGGUCCUACUGCUGGACAUUGAUACACGUGGCUUUCUCUCUUUCUAACACGUAUGGUGCUACUAGUGCUAUGGUCAACUUACUUCUACGGCUGGGUACUGUGACUGAGUGUCUCUUUGAGUACUGUUGUUUUUCCUUUUUCUUUUUCUAGGAUGUGGAACUUUGUUUUGUUAAUUUGGUGUUGUGUGAUGAUAUCUAUCUAAUAGUGCUAUGAUAUAGUGCUAGUUAAAUAAUGUAUUUGGGUAUUCAAUAUUACUAUAUGGACUGAUAUGUGAUUUGAUGCCUAAA